AUCCCAAGUUGCCUUUUUCAUCAAUAAAAAUUCAGCAAAAUUCUCUUUUGGCUACUGCAAGCUCCAGAAACUUUGCUACACAAGCGACUUUGACGUGAACGUCUGCUUGUCUCAUAUUACUGGCAGCUUCCCACCUCCGCCAGUGUGUGCAACCCCAAACUCUGUACUGUCAACAAGCUUCCCGGCAUCUCAACGGUGGCAUAUACUCAACGUCAGCAAAGCGCUAAAAUUAGGAAAGCUAUAGAUGAAAACGUCGAGAAACAUGUCAAGAAGCCGGCCUUUAAAUUCACCCGCCUCGCGAGCGCCGGUCCUGCCAUGGGACAAGCACAAAUGGACCAUCAUCCACUACUACAGAGACAUGGACUGAACACUAGAGGAUACCAGGGAUAAACUCUUGCGAGACUACACCUUUUCCGCUACUCGAAAGCAAUAUGCCACGAAGCUUCGAAAAUGGGGCAUAAAAAAACAAGUCGAUUGGCAGCAUGACAUGCCCAUUAUUAUCAAAGCUGUCGAAUAUAGAUGGAGACUGGGAAAACGAACCGAGGUGGUGGCGCAUCAAACAGUUGUCCCAGACGAAAAGAUGGCCCGAUACUUGAGAGAAAAUAAAAUCCGACGUCUACCUGACAGCCCAGUUGGCCCACUUCCAGCGCACAUCCGCUGCUCGACCCCAGAUGCCCAGCCAAGAUGUGGUGGCGACCAAGAUUCCUGGGUAUUUGGGUUUUCGUUUCGGUUGGGCAUCAUUCUUCCCGAGGCCGCUCGCCAUAUGAUCUUGUAUCAGGGUCUACUUGGUGGAGCCGUAGCUCUUCUCGAACAAUUUCUCAGCCAACAUCACCAGCUUUACAACCUUCUCGAUCUCGACGCCAUGAUACAAAAUGCAAAUGCCAUUCGUUAUAGCAUGGGUAUUCAUGGGUCCACAACUGCUAGCAUGGUUGUGCAUGCGGCGCAUGAUGCUGGCUUGCUCUCUAGCGGCGGUGCCUCUGCUAUCCACCUUUCUGUUUCUUUGCUUCUUUAUGAGGAGACAUCUUAUUUUCUCACCUACGGAGUAGAUGUCAAUCAAACGCUUUUUACGGAGCAAUCGCCACUCCAGCUGUUAGCCGAGAUGGCAGAGUGCGACAUCAUGCAGGUCGCCACGCUGCUUAUCUCAGGUGAUGCUCGGCUAGGUUUGCGGGAUUCGAUUGGGGACAAUUGCCUACAUACGCUCCUCCGCCACCGACAGAAGCAAUGGACAAAGGCAUUCGCUCAGUUGCUUAAGGAAAACGGCCUCGACAUUAAUGCUCGGAGUGGCAACGGAGAUACCGCGCUCGGCAUUUUUACAACGCAAUGGCAUUCUGACCAAUCUGGUGAGGUGUACAGGUGGUUGUUAAACAGUGGGGGAACACGUUGAGCUGUCAGGUCGCUUCACUUCUGCAUAAAUCUUAGAUUUUUCAAAAAUCUAAGAAUUUACAGGGGUGUGCAGUGGCACUCAAAUCGGUCGGGUGACGUGUACGUACAAUUGGUUGUAAAAAAUGGGGCGGGUACCCUUUAAUUCUUAGAUUUUUGAAAAAUCUAAGAUUUAAAGGGGCACUCUAACCAAUCCGGCGAGGUGUACGAUUGGUUGUCAAAUAGUAGAUGUAGGCGAUGAUUUGUGAAGUCGCCUUUGGUGACAAUUGGAGAAAAUUUCGUUGGUUUAUCUCAUUCCUCUUCGGCGCUUUCUUUUAUAUAUAUAUAUAUUAGUUGAUAGCGAAGCCUUUCUUAAGGGCGAUAGAGAUUUUGUAGAGUUUUGGGCGUGGCUCAUCUCCCUGGCUGGUGGUGUGGCGGUCCGCGCACCACCACCGCUAUCGAUGGACAACCACCUGAAAGGUCCCUCCCCAUAGGUACCCGACUACGCAACUACAUGAUGCAUCUGACUCUGUGACCGAUCCAUGCCG